AGCUUCAACUGCUGCCAACCGUAUAGUUUCAGUCAAUGAAAUGACGUAAGAGUAAGACGUAAUAUAACAACAACGAUCAGCUGUGGGCUGUGCCAGCUGACAAUCUGCGCCAAUCACAGACGCGCGUGUGAGUCUGGUGAACCGGCAACAAAAACAUCAACAUUAAGAAACAUCAAGCUUUUAUAAUUGUAAAGGUUAUAAAUAUUGUUGGACAAUGAUGGCGUGUGCUAAUCAAAUGCAUGAGACGAUUUUUCUUACGCAGACCGAAUCCGACGAUGAAGAAAUCGAUGUCAUUACCGUCGACGUCCACGAAAAGGCUCUUUCACAAGAUUUGAAAUGCGAUUUGUUGAGCAAAAUAGAAUUCAAAAUCGACUCGGAUUCUGAUGAGUUUAUAGACGUCGUAACCGUCUCCCCAGCCGAACAUACAAGUUCAAAAGUACAAUUAAACAAAAGUUCAGUUAGUAAAUCUCGUCCCACGUCGUCCCAGGCGACCGCCAAUGGCUUGUCGAAAACAAAAAUAAAUAAUAACUCGGAAGAGAAAUGUUUUACAAUGAAAACUUCAAAAAGGACGAUAGAUCAAUUAGAUAAUAAUUGGGAUGAUGAAAUUCUGAUGAUGUAUAGUUCAAAAAGAUAAAAGACGUUCACAAAGGCAGUGAUCCGGAAACGCAAAAAAAUAGUUCAAUGUUCCAAAAAACUUUGAUGAAAUGCGGCCAAGUUACCCAUGUUCACACUAGUCUCGCUGAGAAACGCAUAGAACCGAAAAGUGAAAAAAAUUCUAAAGGUUUAGUCGGUACAAUUGAUGCUACAAAGUUAAAAUCGUCUGUAAAAAUAAUUCUGUCAAAAACCGAUGUGCGUAGUAAUAUUGGCUCAGGCAAAGUCAAGUCGACGAAAAAAAACUUGAGAAAAUCUGUAUCGCAAACCUCAACAUCUAAGUCUAGAUCGGUGGUGGAUAAAAGAAGUAGAAGAAUUAAUAACCAUGAAACAGAAAGUGUUGGGAAUAGAGCAGCACUUGAUAACAAAGACAAAGAAUAGGCGCUGUUGAAACCUAAACGAAAGUGUACGCAAAAAUCUUUUAAGUACAAUUAGAAAGAAUAAUUGAUGAAA